GGGUGGUAAGAGCAUAUACAGAGUGUUUCAAACAGAUGCCCCUAAUUUGAAAUCACUAUAUCUCUGCAAUUGGGUUCAUAUUUUUUAAACACCUGGAAGUAAGCAGGCAGGUGAAUCAAGAAAUGUUAGUUAUAAAGGGAGUGGUUUAAUUUUCUUCAUUUCUUGACAUAGCGAUGUAUCUUCUCAAGAUGUUGAACAAAGUUAUUUGUGAAUCCUGUGAACGUACAGGGUGUUCAAGUGCCAUGUCCAACUUCCUCCCUCUGAAAUUCUUAUUUUGGAAAUAUACUGGUGUACAUAUCUUAUUAAGUUUUGCCUUUAGAGUGGAUGAGAUGCAUGCUCUCACCUUAUAGUAAAUAAAUACGGAACAGAGUAUGAUUUAGUUCCUGUAUUUUUUCUCUCAUUAGUGGUAAUUUCUAGUUGCUAGAUAGUUACGUAGCUCCUGUGCUAUUUUUCCCUUUAUUAGCAGUUUAGCUGUGUGUGGUGUAUCCAGUUACUCAACAAUACGCUAAACUCUACACUAAACUCUGGAAGAGUUGUGUUGUUGGGAGAAUUGAGGAAAGGGGGAUUUGUGUGUCGUGUGGUGUUUGUUUUGUUUGUUUGUGUGUUCUUGUUUGUUUGGGGGUUUAUUUUUUAUUUUUACAAGCAGGUUUUAAAAAAGCAGUAAUGUACAAUGUUUUUGUUUGCAGUGAUGUUUGUGUAUGCUGUGUAGGUCAGACUAAUUUUCAUGAAGAAGGUUUCUUCCUCUUGAAGAGAAGUAAACAAUAGCCAUUUUAUACAGCCAAGAAUCCUUAAGCUUUUGCUUAUGAGGUGGAACAGUUGAGUGCUUGGAAAUCUCAAACAAGGCUGAGCGCUGCUUUGUGAGGCAGUUUCUAAAGAUGAAGUAACAGCCGAUACUCCUCUCAAAAGGUCAUUGAGCACAAUGGAGGAGAUAAAAGCUGAGAGAAAAAGUAUUUUCAUUUUAUGCUCUCUUGUAAAAUUCUUUGUUCAAAGAUGCACAAUAAAAGAUGGAAUAUUGUAACAACAGUAUUUUGCAUUUUAUUAUGACAGACAGAACAUUUUUCUGUGUUGUCUCCACAGUAGGUUUGUUUUUAUGGAAGUUGUGUUUUACCACAGGUAUACAAAUAGUAAGGAGGCUUUCUCGGUUCUGUUAACAAGCCCAUCCCUUAUGCUGGCAACUGACCUCUUAAGAAUGGUGUCUAAGCAGUCUGCAUUUUAGCUGUUCUGCAUCAUGUGAGUGAAGUGCUAAUGUGUGAAGAUGGAUGCAUGGGAACCACAGUAUUAUGAUAUCAAAUGAAAUUAAUUGCAGGCCUUAGAGGCCUUGUUAGUACAUCUUUAAGUAAAUAAAUACAUUUUCUUUCCUAUGUGACUCUUGAAAUAUUUUUUUCUGUCUGAGGACUGACACUACUUUCUAUUUGUCUUCAUAUAAAUAGAAAGUCUGACUCUCUUGCUUUGCUUUCUGUUAUAAACAGUCUACAUUAAAAACAAAGCCUGUGGUGCAGGUGUUUUUCGCUGAAUGCUGCUCUGCUUCGUGAUAAGAAUCAAAUGCGACCAACAAACCCUCCCUUUUGACAUGUAUACAUACAUAUAUAUAUGUGUCAGUACUUUGUAUGCUGUCUGUCCGGGUUGCGUGAAACUGUUCAACAAUCUUAGAGUAAAAAUGAAUAAGUAAGUCUUUUUGAAAACCUUGUCUUUCAGAGAAGGACUCUAACAAAAAUAUUUCAUGAGAGAUACUGUGUUUUUCCAGAACAAGCAAAAUGGAAUGUGGCAGAGAAAGCAGAAUACAUGCCUGUGUCCUUAAACUUACUACGCACAUAACUUGAGCUUCCUGUCCUGUGCUCGUUAUUGACCUAGGUCUAGGCAGUCAGUGCACUACAAAUCUUUAUCAUUACUUUGGUUUUAUGAUUGCAAAGGCCUUGUUCCAGACCUCCAUGCCCCAAAUAUUUCAUUUGGUUCUUGCUUACAGGUGCACAUACAUACUGUAGAUUUUCAUAAAUGCUCAGUAACUCGGUGAUGUGGAAGAUAGUUUUUUGACUUUAAUUUUUUAAUAUUGCUUUUAAGUAACUUUUUAGUUUUUGGUGCAUUUUCUGUGAAUAGAAAUAUGGCGUAUGGCAUCUGUAAUAGCAUAAGUGGUGGUUUAUGGUUGUAAAUAGUAAAGUCGUCCCUCUUACCGUUUUUGCCAAGAAUUUAUGAUUUUUAGCUCUAUGUACAUGAUUUAUUUCCUUCCACCAUAGCUUUUGAAUACUAAUCUCUUCAGAAAAAUAUUCUAAACAUGGAAAUAUUAUGGUGCUUGUGUGUACUUAAGCUUUAAGCUGGAAAAUAAAGUUAGCGCUUUGAGUAUUUGGUGAUGAAAAUGUAAUGAGUAGUCAGGAAUGCAGAAAGUGCCUGGUGACAUAUUUUAGCCAAAGUUCAGCCUGGAAUUUGUAGCAGGCGCUUUACGUGAUGUUCCUCUUAUUGUUUAGAAAUGCUAUUUGUUAGUCCAUGCUGAUAUAUAUUGUGGUUUAGGUAGCCAUUGGAAGUAGUUAAUUUGUUGUUUCAUUAACCUUACUGAUAUUUAUAGUGAAUGUUUAUAUUACUGACCAUGCAGCUGUUGUCUAGCUGUUAAUGCAGAUUUAUGCUUGCAAAACAAGUCUUAUAUUAUUGUAUUUUGGUGCUUUUGGAUACUGUGCACUCCUGGAAAAGGGAAAGACAUUUUCAAAUGUUUUUGGGAGCACAGUUGAGCCACGGUCAGACACUGCAGUCAACUGCCAUUAAAACUGUCCCUCAUAACCUGAAAAUGCCAACUUUUUGGCAGGCUAGUGGUAUUUAUAUCUGGUUUCGGAUUUGGUUCUCAAUGUCCACAAGCAAAGAAAGAGCUUCCCUCUACUGCUGCUCAAAAACCGGAGUCCUCUCAGGGCCUGAACUGAGGCUCAUCAUAAUGGCUUAUUGCUACAUUUUGGAUGGAAAACUUGAUGGAGCUUUUAAUACCUAACCUGUCCAAGCAUAUUUGUACUCAAGUUGGUGCAAAAGGCAUUGUGGUUUUUCCACUGUUGAAAUUUGCCAUUUGAUAUUGGAAUACAUUCUUAAAUAAAUAUAGUUAUGUUAUACAUCAUUUUAAUGUGCUUUUCUCGCUUUGUGUUUUUGCUACUGACUUCUUAUUUCCUUUUUAUUUGAAAUUUAUUUUAGACUAUAGAAAUUAUGUUAGACUUUAUUAUUUGAGUUAAAAAAGGGCUGUAAAGCAGCGGAGGCAACUCGCGACUUGCAAAGGAGACGAGAGCCUUGCAGAUGAGAAGUGUAGUGGCCGGAAGGUGACAACAACCAAUGGAGAGCAAUCAUUGAAGCCAAUCCCCUUACAGCUGCACGCGCAGUUGCCAAAGAAGUCGAUGUUGACCCUUCCGUAGUCAUUCGGCAUUUGAAGCAAAUUGGCAAGGUGAAAAAGCUCGAGGUGCUCAUGAGCUGACUGAAAAUAAAAAAAAAUAAUUGUUUUGAAGUGUCGUCGUCUUUUAUUCUAUCCAAGAACAAUGAAGCAUUUCUUGAUUGGAUUGUGAUGUGCGACAAGAGGUGGAUUUUAUACAACAACAGGCAAUGACCAGCUUGGUGGUUGGACUGAGAAGAACCUCCAAAGCAUUUCCCAAAGCCAAACUUGCACCCAAAAAGGUCGUGAUCACUGUUUGGUGCUUUGCUGCCAGCCUGAUCCACAGCUUUCUGAAUUCCAGCAAAACCAUUCCACCUGAGAAGGUUGCUCAGCAAAUUGAUGAGAGGCGCUGAAAUCUGCAACGCCUGCAAGCAGUAUCGGCCAACAGAAAGGGCCCACUUCUUCUCCACAGCAAUGCCGGACCACACAUCACACUACCAACACUUCAAAAGCGGAAGAAUUGGGCUACGAAAUUUUGCCUCAACUGCCAUGUUCACCUGAUCUCUUGCCAACUGGCUUCCACUUCUUCAAGCAUCUCGACAACUUUUUGCAGGGAAAAUACUUCCGCAAUCAUCAGGAUGCAGAAAAAUGCUCUCCAAGAGUUUGGAAGAUCCUGGAGCCUGUAUUUUUAUGCUACAGGAAUAAACAAUAUUAUUUCUCAUUGGUGUCUGGGAAAUGGAGAAGAUUUUGAACAGAAUUCAUCCAGUUUCUGAUCCAGAAGCAACAUAUUUUCUACAAGUAUCUUGGGAAAAAGAUUUAGGCACUGGUUUUGGUAUAGUACUUAGUGAUGGUCAAUGUGCAUGGACUGGGACAGUGUCUGAAGCUGAAAUUUCUAGGGAGGCUGCUGACAUGGAAAUGAAUAGAGAAAAGUAUGUUGAAGAACUGAGGAAAGCAUUAAUAGCUGGAGAAGAAUCAGCUGGCAAAUAUAACUUCGUUAUUUCAAGAGAUGAAGAAAAUAUGGAGUGUCACUUCUCUUACGAAAGAAAUCUGAAAGAUGGAUCUUUUAGGCUUGGAUCUCUGAAGCUGCAGAAGGUUUCAAGUCCAGCAGAGGUGGUUAAGGAGCUGAUCGGCUACUGCCUGGACUGCCUGGGAAGGCUGCGGGCGAGAAAUGAGCAUCUGCAAAAAGAAAACGAAAGGCUUUUCAGCGACUGGAGUGAUGUGGAGAAGCGGCUGGAAAAAUGUGUGGAAGCGAAAGAAGAACUGGAGGCAGAUCUUUAUAACCGGUUUAUUUUAGUGCUGAAUGAAAAGAAGGCAAAGAUAAGAAGCUUGCAGAAGUUGUUGAAUGAAGCUAAAGAAUCUGCAGCAGAUGCCAAAUGUACAAGGGAUAGUAUAGCUGCCACUGAGAUGGCUACAGGGACGGAAAAUGACUAUGAUGGCAGCACUGAUGAGGAAACUGAAAAUUUAACACGGGCCUCUUUACCGUCAGCAGCAGAACGAAAUGACUCCCUUCUGGGUAGCCCAGAUGCCAUCGAUACUGCUCCAAGAAGAAAGCGAAGACAAAGGACAGCAAAGCCUGCUGGGACCGGAGCUAAGAUGGCUGCUUAUGAGACUGAUCAGCCAGCCAAGGAAAAACCUGAUCUGGCCUCACAGAAGACGUCAGACAAGCAUUCCCUGGAUGUGAUGUCUCUGGAAACACUGGAAAACACCUGUGAGCCAGAGGACCUCUUUGAUGACAUCUAGUUGUGUGUUGGCUGAGAGACCGGGAGACUGGAGCUUUGUAAAAAGCUUUGUUACAGACACUGUGCUGAAAUCUUUACUCUGAGGUGGUAUUCAAUGACAUAUUGCUCUAAUCCUCUUGCACUGCACUUGUCCCCAUUCUUCCCUAUGGGGUUGUAGACCCUUGGCCUGCUAGGGUUGAUUUGUGACAGCCUUGAAAUCAGUUUAGCCUCUGAGUAGAUCUUUUGUCAUGUGUAUAUGGGGGAGGAGAGCACCAUCAUAGCAUUUUUACAUCCUGACAUUCUCUGGCUGCUGAUUGUGUCCAAGGAUCAACUGGUUUCCCACUAUCCCCAGAGACUAAGCCAGAUGUAAAGAAGAUUAAGGCUUGCACUGAACUUACCUUAUAUACUGCCCCUUUCUUCAGAAGCUCAGCUUAGAUGUGGUCUAGCUAAAUUAUCAUAUCUUCAACUGUGAUUGAGAUAUGACUUACUAAACUCUUCUGAUGUGAAGCAUCCAAAGAAAUGUUCUUUCACUUUUUACUUGAAGGUUUUCUGUGGCAUUAUGCAUUAUAAGGUAUUUUUGCUUUUGGGAGUAAAGUGAUUAUAAAGUCAGUAUUGACUCUAUUUUAAUCUUCUGUAGAAACGCAUAGCCUUUAAAAUUGUCAGUUUUGAUACUUCAUCAUUUUUGUAAGGUGAUUUCUAAAAAAAUAAAACUCAUUCUAAAAA